UGCAGAGAAUGUCCGCCUUACGUUCGCGAGUACGUGGGCCACCGCGUGUGGUCAGCGAUCAGAAACCCCGGUCUCAAUGGAGAUGGCGACGACCAGGUGGACGCCGCCAACACCACCAACCACACAUAUGAUGCCAUGAAGCUGAUCCAAGAGGUGACAGCCAAGGCCAACACAGUCAUCCGGGAGAUGCAGGCAAACCUCACAGUGGAGGAGGUUGAAAAAUUGCCGAGAUAUCAUCCAAUCAGCCACUUCGCCAUCAAGAACACUCGGCGGAAGAUGGAGGACAGGCAUGUCAUCAUCCCUGACCUGAACACACUCUACGGAAUGGAGUAUCAGUCGCCACAUGCAUACUAUGGAGUGUUUGAUGGGCAUGCAGGCACAGACGCUGCCGUGUAUAGCGCUGCGCACCUGCAUCAGUACAUGAUUCAAAAUCCCCAGUAUGAGACAAACCCUGAAGCUGCACUCAAACAUGCCUUCCACAUCACUGACACAAACUUCAUCAAGAAAGCAACAAAAGAGCGUCUGAAGGGCGGGACGACGGCGGUGGUGGCCCUGGUGCGGGAGAAGCGCCUGGUGGUGGCCUGGCUGGGCGACUCGCAGGCGCUGCUGGUGCGUCGUCGGAACCCCGUCAGGAUGGUGGAGCCCCACAAGCCGGAAUUGCCGGUGGAGCGAGAGCGAGUGGAGGAAAUGGGCGGUUGCGUCAUCAACAUCCAAGGCACUUGGCGCGUUCUGGGACAGCUGGCCGUCUCCAGGGCCAUUGGUGACGUGGACUACAAGCCGUACGUGUCGUCCGAGUGCGACAUCAAGUCCUUGGAGAUCGAGGGCGACGAGGACUUCCUGAUCCUGGCGUGCGACGGCCUGUGGGACACCCUCACGCCCGAAGCCGCCGUCAACGUGGUCUACGCCUACCUCACCCACAACGACGGAGACACUGAUGGUGUAGGGCGGUGCCUGGUGGAGGCAGCGAGAAACGCAGGCUCGGAGGACAACAUCACAGCCGUCGUCGUGUUCCUGAGGCCCGUCGCCACACUCAUGGAGGAGGAAGCCCAGAGGAUCGCCCAGGGACAGGUGCCAGACCCUGUCCCGGCCAACAUCAUCUACAAGGACACGACGCCUUCGUCAAUCAACGCCAUAUUCUCGCCGCCCAUCAACCAGUUCGAGUAUAGCACGCCCACCACGCCUCCCUUCAAUCCCUUCGAGAGCGACGAGCCCGUGGGUGCCGGGCCCUACGAUGCCAAGGUCGGGAUGGCCACGGAGGGCGCCCUCACCCCGGCCACGCUCGACUUCAACAAGGACGGCGACGAACCCAUGGAAGGCUCGGAGGCGCCCAGGAACCUCGGGCAGGACUCCGACUCCGACGAGGGCAUCGCAGGUGGCGCCGAAGGAGGACCGGAGCCAGCCUUCAACCCCCACGACGCCCCAACGCCCACGGCCGAGGAGGGUGAGUACAGCCUGGAGUUGCAUAAGAGUUCACUGGCGAAAGAGCUGCAGGGGCGUUGAAAUUUGGUGAAAAUU